GCGUUUCCUCCACCCACAGGUGAUGAUGCAGUUUCUGUUUGACUCCGCCCCUCUCCCCUUUACCCUCUCGCGCUCGCUCUCUUCCAUUGGAAGGGCUUAGCUCCCCUUAGUCAGCCUGCCCUUAUUUAAUUUGGAGUGUGAUUUUGCUAUUUUUAGCUUCUGGAUCCCUUCCAGAAAGACUUGGCGAAGGAUUUUUUCCUUCCUAAUUUUUUUUUUAAUUCUGCAAAUGAUUUUGACCCAGCUUCCUUCCUCUUGGAGCAUUUUUUUUAAAUUUAUAUAAAUAAGAGAGGGCCUGCGUGCUCCUGUUCUCUCUUUUUCCAGCGCGAACCUCUCUCUCUGCCUUCUUAUUACUGAUCUGCAUUUGCAACCAUCAGCAACCAGAAGGGGGGUUUAUUUUAAUUUCAUCACAACACACAAGGAAAAAAAAAAACAGAAAUUCGCGAGUAAGAGCAAUUGCAAGGAAAGAUGAGUGAAUCCAGUGCAAAAUCCGGCCAACCUCUGGCUGCCAAACAAGACAAGGAUGUCUCUGAGAAGAGAGGACGAGGGCGGCCCAGGAAGCAACCUAAGCAGGAACCCAGCGAGGCACCAGUCCCCAAGAGACCACGUGGCAGACCAAAGGGGAGCAAAAACAAGGCUGCUUCAAAGGGAAGGAAAACUUCUGCAACACCUGGGAGGAAACCUCGAGGCCGCCCUAAAAAAUCAGAGAAGGAGGAAGAGGAAGUCAACAUUUCCCAAGAGUCAUCGGAAGAGGAGCAGUGAAGAUGGUCAACUGAUUCUACCUCACAACUCAGUUUCCUAUUUCUUGUCAAAGUUUGGGACAGAAGAAGGAACAAAGAAUCCUCUUUCCUUUCCUGCCCCUCCCCCCACAUCCCCAAUGUUCUCACAGUUAAAAUAACAGCAACACUGGAAUACGGUGUAAAACAAAUCAGCCAUCACGUUUGUUGAUGUGUAAUGUUUAAAGGGAGAACAGUGUACUUUGUUUUCCCCUCUCAUGCGACAGGGUUAAAACUUUAGCCUACCAGUUUAUGUAGUUCUAUAUUAUCAUCAGUUUCUUGGCCUGUCUUUUCAAUACACUCCUUGUAGAGAGAGGUGUGUAUAUAAAAUGUUCUAUUAACCACUUAUUCAUGUUGAAAAGAGUGGGCAGCCUAGUGUUCCUUUACCAACCCUGAUCUCCCCUUUCGAGAGAGCAUACCACCCUCCCAAAGGAUGAUACCUGGCAGUGGCAAAAAGGUUAUGUCACAGAGGAGAAAGGGGAGCACUGUAUUUCCCCCUCCUAGAAACCAAGUUUAGUAGAAAGAGCCAAAGCAAUGGAAAGGGGAACUUGUGAGAUUUCCUAUUGUGUACUACUUGCCUGGGUACCAGGGCUGAUUUUAGAGGUUGUUCCUUUGCCACAUUCCCUCCACUUCCUAUGGUUCAGGUGUAAUAUGGUUCCUUGUAGUAGGCCUGUUUGUUCUGGUUGACCAGCAUGCAGUCUAGCCUCAACCAGCUUUCUUGGAAUUGAAGCAUGUAGAGUUACUAAGGACAAGAUAGGCUUUGCAGUGUAUUUUCAUUGCUGCUCAGUGGCAUUGUUUGGGAAAGUUCUCCCAGUGGCAGAUGAGUGUCAGUGAUUGUGUAAGAGUCCUGUCCCACUCACCCAUCAUGAUCUUAGCUGCCAGUUCCCAGGGCAGGGAGAUCUGAAAGCUUUUCCCUUGGUGCCUGCUUAUUCUGCACAGAAAAACAGAAGGAUCUUCUUUGAAUCCAAAGAAGACAUUGCCAUGACCAAGGAAAGCAGGAUGGCAGAAUUUCCCCCUCCCUUCCUGCCCUCUCAUGUCUCAUCUAGUUCGGUGUUUUCCCCACUGGGAAUAGCACAGUUAGUAUUUUUUAGCUGCAGUUGUCUUUCCAAACCAGGCCUCUUUUCAGGUUUUUUUUCCCCCUCAUUCACAACUACCUCUGGAUAAUUUAAAUUUCAUUCUCUUAAACAUGGAGUUGCUGCUGUUGUUGCUGCUGCUGUACUGGUUACAAAGUUUUAUUAUUCCAACAGGUUCUGUCUGGUUUCUUUUCUCUGGAACUGACAAACUGUACACUAUAGAUAAUUUAGUUUGAGUUGACUUUAAAACUAUUGUGCUAUUAAAAAGGGAUAAAGCUUA